AUGACCAAAUUCCGCCCGUGUAUAGACCUGCACGCCGGCAGCGUAAAGCAAAUCGUCGGCGGCACAUUGACAACCACCAGCUCGGAGCUCAAGACAAACUUUACAUCCAAGUUGCCAUCAUCCUACUAUGCAAACCUCUACAAGGAAAACGCAUUGGAGGGUGCUCAUGUGAUUAUGUUGGGGCCUGGAAAUGAGGAAGCUUGCAGAGAGGCUUGUGAAGCUUGGCCUGGGCAUUUGCAAGUUGGCGGUGGGAUCAAGGAUGAGAAUGCAAAGGAAUGGAUUGAGAAGGGUGCUAGUAAGGUCAUCAUCACAUCUUUCCUCUUCCCUUCUGGCAAGUUCUCUCUGGAACGUUUGCAAUCAGUACUCAAAGCUCUGGACAACGACACUUCGAAACUCGUCAUUGAUCUGAGUUGCCGUCGCAAGGGAGAAACAUGGUUCGUCGCCAUGAACAAAUGGCAAGACCUUACCGAUAUGGAAUUGACCGCUGAAUCGAUUUCCUUGCUCCAACCUUACUGCUCUGAAUUCCUUAUCCACGCAGCCGACAAUGAAGGCCUGCAACAAGGCAUUGACGAAGAACUUGUUCGCAAGCUUUCUGCUUGGUCGGCUAUCCCCGUCACAUACGCAGGAGGCGGUCGCAAUCUGCAGGAUCUAGAAUUGGUAGAGAAGCUGAGUGAUGGAAAGGUAGAUCUGACCAUCGGAAGUGCAUUGGAUGUGUUUGGUGGCAACGGAGUCAAGUUUGACGAGUGUUGUGAGUGGAACAAGUCGAGGGCGUAA